UCUCUCUCUCUCUCUCUAUAUAUAUAUAUAUAUAUCUCUAUUUCUCAUUUUCUCUUUUUGUGUCUGAAAGUGUGGAUUGAACCCAACAUAGUUUAAAGAUGAAGGAGAGCGGUGAUGGAUUUGUUAGAGCAGAUCAGAUAGAUCUGAAGAACCUUGAUGAACAGUUAGAGAGGCAUCUGAGUAGGGCAUGGACUAUGGAGAAGAAUGGGAAUAGGAGAGUGAGAGAGGAUUGGGAGAUUGAUCCUAGCAAAUUGGUUGUAAGGAAUGUGCUUGCUCGAGGAACUUUUGGUACUGUUCAUCGUGGGGUUUAUGAUGGGCAGGAUGUUGCAGUUAAGCUACUAGAUUGGGGUGAAGAGGAAAACAGAACAGAGGCUGAGUUAGCAUCACUUCGAGCAGCAUUUACACAGGAAGUGGCUGUCUGGCACAAGCUUGAUCAUCCUAACGUAACAAAGUUUAUAGGGGCUACAAUGGGCGGUUCAGAACUAAAAAUACAAUCAGAAGACGGUGAGUUCGGCAUGCCAAGCAAUGUAUGUUGUGUGGUGGUUGAAUAUCUUCAAGGAGGUGCACUGAAGUCCUAUCUAAUUAAAAAUCGGCGAAGGAAGUUGGCUUUCAAAGUUGUUGUCCAAUUGGCUCUGGAUCUUGCACGAGGGCUGAGUUACCUUCAUUCUAAGAAGAUUGUACAUAGAGAUGUGAAAACAGAAAACAUGCUUUUGGAUAAGUCACGCACUGUUAAAAUUGCUGAUUUUGGGGUUGCUCGUGUUGAGGCGCAAAACCCAAAUGACAUGACUGGUGAGACAGGAACCCUUGGUUACAUGGCGCCUGAGGUCCUUAAUGGCAAUCCAUACAAUAGAAAAUGUGAUGUGUACAGUUUUGGCAUCUGCUUAUGGGAGAUUUACUGUUGUGAUAUGCCCUAUCCCGACCUCAGUUUUUCAGAGGUUACCUCUGCGGUUGUACGACAGAAUUUGAGGCCUGAGAUACCAAGGUGUUGUCCAAGCUCUUUGGCCAAUGUGAUGAAGAAGUGUUGGGAUGCAAAUCCCGACAAAAGGCCCGAGAUGGAUGAGGUGGUUUCAAUGUUGGAGGCCAUCGACACCUCCAAGGGGGGCGGCAUGAUCCCUCUCGAUCAACAAAAGGGUUGUCUCUGUUUUCGCAAAUAUAGAGGACCUUGAAUCUCUUCCGGGGCAAAUCCUUUGGUUACUACGUUUUUCUCAACUUUGAAGGUUCUUCAGUUAAAAAACAAGUCACUAUUAUUAUCAGCAGCUUGAAGAAAUGAUCAUGGAUUUGAAGAUGUGAGAAGCUGCUUGGCUUGGAAGGAGAAGCUGCUUGGCUUGGAAGGAGAAGCUGUGUGAAUAUUCUCAUAUUGGUGAUCUAUAAUAGUGUUAAGUCUGUCUAUUAUAGAAUGUAAAAGGCUUUUCCUUGUCCUGACUGGUGAGUUGUAAUGGCUGGGUUAGUGUUGUAAGAUAUAAGCUUUUACUAACAUUUCAUUAUUCUACUCUUUUUCAAAUAAAUUCUAUGUUAUUGGACUGCUUUUUGAUGGGGAAUUAGAUGAAUUACUUCUCUUUA